UUGUUUGUGUGGGUUUAUCCAAUUAUCGUAGCCCUUACCAUACCCUAAUUUUUAUUUCUUCAAAUCGCGCGCGCUUCUCACUUCUACUUUCCUCCUCCUCCGACGACCUCGCCGGACAUUCUCGUGGCGGCGUCCCAUUUCGCCGCAGCUUCCCUCUCUCUACUGGAAUCUGACUGGAAUCUGAGAGAGAGAAAAUUCCUAAACCUUAAAUUCUAAAACCCUAAUUCACCUGUCGAGUUCGUAGCACAGUCACAGCCAUGUAUGGCGGUGAUGAAGUAUCAGCUAUUGUAAUUGACUUGGGUUCACACACGUGUAAAGCUGGUUAUGCCGGUGAAGAUGCUCCCAAGGCCGUGUUUCCGUCUGUUGUUGGAGCAAUUGAUCAAAUGGAUGUUGAUGAAGCAGAUGAUGAUGCUGAGAAGAACUCUGCCUCAGUUGGGGAAUCAAAGAAUAAUCUUAGAAAUGCUGAUUCUGACAAGGCUAAGGGAAAGAGGAAAUUGUUUGUAGGAUCACAGUCGUUGGGGUACCGUAGAGAUCAUAUGGAGGUGCUGUCUCCAUUUAAGGAUGGAAUUGUAGCUGAUUGGGAUAUUGUUGAUAGCAUAUGGGAUCAUGCCUUCAGGGAGUGCCUAUUGAUUGAUCCUAAAGAGCAUCCUAUGCUCCUGGCAGAACCUUCUUCAAACUCUCAACAGCAGAGAGAAAGGACGGCAGAGCUUAUGUUUGAGAAGUACAAAGCGCCUGCAUUGUUUUUGGCGAAGAAUGCUGUUCUGACUUCCUUUGCUUCAGGGCGUGCUACAUCAUUGGUUGUUGAUGGUGGUGGAGGGUCAACUACAAUUGCACCAGUACACGAUGGUUAUGUUCUUCAGAAGGCUGUGGCAACUUCUCCAAUUGGAGGAGAAUUUCUUACAGAUUGCUUGAUGAAAAGCUUGGAAAGCAAGGGUAUUACGAUGAAACCGCGCUAUUCCUUUAGGAGAAAGGAAAUACGCCCCGGAGAGUUUCAGACGGUAGAUCUUGAUUUUCCAAAUACAACUGAAAGCUACAAACUCUAUUCACAGAGGGUGAUUGCUAGUGAUGUCAAGGAAUGUGUGUGCCGUGCUCCAGAUACUCCUUACGAUGAGAGUGCAUAUUCAAACAUCCCAAUGACCUCGUAUGAGCUUCCUGAUGGCCAGACAAUUGAAAUUGGAGCUGACAGAUUUAAGAUUCCAGAUGUUCUUUUCAAUCCGUCACUGGUUCAGUCAAUUCCUGGCAUGGAGAGCUUUGCUGAAAUUGCUCCUUCAGUUCGUGGCCUUCCUCAAAUGGUCAUUGAAAGCAUUAACAAGUGUGAUGUAGACAUUCGAAGAGAGUUGUUUAGUAGUAUACUGCUUGCUGGUGGUACAGCUUCAAUGCAACAACUGAAGGAACGACUUGAGAAAGACUUGCUAGAGGAGUCUCCUCAAGCUGCCAGAGUAAAAGUAUUGGCCAGUGGGAAUGCUACUGAAAGAAGGUUUAGUGUUUGGAUAGGGGGUAGUAUACUGGCAUCUCUUGGUUCCUUCCAGCAAAUGUGGUUCUCCAAAUCCGAGUAUGAGGAGCAUGGAGCUUCAUAUAUCCAAAGGAAGUGUCCAUGAGUUGGUGUUUUACAAGUUUAUUUCACUGCCUUUUAUGUUGGUGACUUGAGGAAGUGCUAUGAACGCUGAAGUAGUGUUUGACUAAUGGAUUUUGUUUUCUAUUUGAUGGCCAUUCCCAUUAGAUCCCAUUCUAACUAAAUUAUUGGCUUCAAUUGAAUCACUAAUCUGUAAUGAUGUAAAGUGUGCCUAGAGUCUGUAACAAUGCCUUAUUUAUCAAAUUAGAUUUAUCUUCUGUGUACCUCUUUUCUAUUUUUCUUUGGUAAAUGCGAAUAUUUUAUCUGGUCUUUGAACUUCUGAAA